AUAAAAAACUUAUUUUCAAAGAGCACAUUGAGAGUAUACAAGCCAAGUGCAUCAAAUAUACGAGAUGUUUAUAUCCUCUCAUUAACAGGAAUUCUAAACUUUGUUUAAAGAACAAACUUUUGAUUUACAAACAAAUUUUUAGACCAGCAAUGCUUUAUGCUGUACCGAUCUGGUCAAGUUGCUGUUCAACAAGGAAGAAAACGCUCCAAAGGAUUCAGAAUAAAAUUCUGAAAAUGAUUUUGAAGCGUCCUCCUUGGUUUGGUACACUCGAAUUACAUAGACUUACUGGUGUUGAACCAUUAGAAGCUAUGUCAAAUAAAAUUAUUAACAAUUUUCGACAAAAAUCGUUGCAAUCCUCAAUUGCUACGAUAAGCUCUCUUUAUAGCCAAUAAGUUAGCAAUUAAGUUAGUUGUAAGUUUACUUCCCCUUUUCUGACAAGUAGGUUUAAAUCCCUACGAAUGAUAAGUCCUUAUUGCGAAAGCAAACAAAUCCUAACAAUUAAAAUUUCAAAUUUCUAACAGUGUUGAGAAGUCACCAUUUGUGAUUGGACACACAUACUCAUUAUUUACUAAUAUUUAUCAUAAAUACUUAAGCUACUAACAAAUCCCCCAUUAAAAAAAAAAAAAAAAAAGAGCAGGAACAUCGAGAUAAAUCUGUCAUACUCACGAAUGAUAUAUCACCACUGGAAUCAGUUCCAGCAGUACAUUCCCAAAGAGCUUCAACGGUUACCGAGAGCAGUGGGUUUGUUCAAUCGUUACGGGAUAUUGAUCGCCAGGCACUGAAUUUCCUGCUUGAUCUCCACAAACGGCGUAACAUAACACGAAAGGAUGUUCUUGAUGUUCAAUCUAGAGUUAGAGAUUUGAAUAGUCAUCUUGAAGGCCUCAUCCGUUCAGUAAUAUCGUUUCAAACUUUCGACCCGCAAACACGUUAUGUUACUGAUAUCUAUCUACAUAAAAUGUCUACCAUGUUUGAUUUCAUUGAUACAGAGCACAAAAUCUUCAAGUUUCUCACAGAAUCAGAUCUUUUUAAACAGCCAAGAGUUUUUAUCAUUAAGAACAAUAGCAUUAAUGAAGUAGACAGUGACAUUAAUAUCAAAUCUACACAUUUAGUCUUACUGGAUAUAGAGUUUCAAAUCAGAAAAUUUUUUGAAACCGAAAAUGUAUUAAUAGAUAUAAUCACCAACAUCAACAAACUAAUGCAAGUCAGAGAUAAAUAUGUAAAUUUCGUUAGUGGUAUUUUAUAUCAAAGCAAUGUUGAUAAACACCCAGGAAAACUAAUUAUUCCACUAUUUUUCUAUACCGAUGAAUUUGAGAUCAAUGAUCCAUUGAGCUCUCACAACAAAAGGCAUUCGAUUUCUGGUUUAUAUUAUUCAUUUCCAACACUGCCUGAGCACCAACUAAGUAAAUUAAGCAAUGUAUUUAUUGCCGGUGCAAUCAAGAAAGUUGAUAUUUCUGAACAUGGAAUAGAUACGUUUAUGAAGCAUGUAGUAGAUGUGUUCAAAAAAAUCGAAGAAAAUGGAAUUACUAUCCAUACCAGUAACCGAGAAUACAAAAUACACGUUUCGUUGAUGCUUGUUCAAGGAGAUAACCUAGGUAUUCACCAAACAUUACGGUUUGCUGGAUCAUUUUCGGCAAAGUUCUACUGUAGAUUCUGCCGAAGGCCGAGAGAAUUCUUGCAGUGUGAUACGAAAGAAUACGAAGAAUACUUACGAACGAUCGAAAACUAUGAAACAGACGUUACACUUAAACAGUCAGAGUCUGGUUUAACUGGCAGUUCCGCGUUCAAUGGAUUGACAUCUUUCCACGUAAUUAGAAAUUUUUAUGCGGACUCUAUGCAUGAUCUUUACAGUAUGGGAGUGUGUCAUUAUGGGUUUCUUGAAAUAAUUAACCAUUGUAUUUACACGAAACGUUAUUGUACUCUAGAUGAUAUUAAUAGGAAACGAAAAAUGUUAAACAAUUAUCGGUUUGAGCAAGCCCUGUCUCGCAUGCCAGACUUAGAAGAACAAUUUGUAAAGAAAAGGAAAAUGUGUCAGCCUUAGAAUGACGGCUAAUGAAAUGGCUGUAUUUAGUCACAAUUUCACCUUCAUUCUCGGUUCUUUCUUUCCACCAGACGAUGCUGUAUGGAAUUAUGCCACCGUACUAAUAGAAUUAAUCGAUACCAUUGACUUACCCGCUUUCACAAAGGAAAAUUUAGAACGAUUGAACAAUCUUGUUAGUGAGCAUCAUAAACAGUAUAUUACACUAUUUAAUCAACAUCUGAAGCCUAAGCAAAAUUUUUUGACGCGCUAUCCAAGAAUAAUAAGAAAUAGCGCCCCAUAAGGAAAAUGUCAUGUUUCCGCCAAGAAGUUCGUCACAGAGAUUUCAAGCAAUACUUUGAUGUCAACUCGUCAAGAAAAAAUGUUUGUUUAACUAUGUGCAUUAAAGCUAGUUUAUAUUUUACUCACGAUGUAGUAAACUCGUCUUUUUCCAAAAGUGUGAUAGACUGUAUUUACGAUGAAUCACUUUGGGGCCAAAAACCGUAUGUAGAUAGUGUUUGUAAUUUUAGCAUUGAUAGGCGUGAAAUUGUUAAAACCGCUCAGUCCAUAACACACAAAAACACAAAGUAUUGCUCGGGAAACUUCGUAGCAGUAAGUCAAGAAUCUAUAGUAGAAUUGUAUCAAAUACUAGAAUUUCUCAAAUACGAUAAUGAAGACUACGCAAUUGCGUCAAGAUGGAAAGUUCACUGUUUCAACAAACAUUAUCAGGCGUUUGAAAUCGGAGAAAAGCUAAAUGAAAUUUAUGUCAUGGUUAUGAAUAUUUUAGAUGGACCACCUUUUACUAUAGAGCAAAUUGAUAAAAAAGUUAUG